CGAUCAAGUCCCUCGACGUGUUUCGCAUCACCUUAAACCCCGAAAUAGGAAUAAAAAGAAUGUAAAGAUGCAACUUGAAGUACAUAUCUUUUGUAAGAAAGGGUAAUUGAGUGGUUUGUUAUCGAAGUGACGUUGAAAUGUUUCAGAAUACCCUGCCGCCCCCCCUAAACACGAACUUCUCGUGUCGUUCGAGGACCACGGGUUUUUACGCAGAUUUGGAGACAAAUUGCCGAGUCUACCACACUUGUGACGACCAGGGGAAUAAAUUCACCUACCACUGCCCUGAAGAGACGGCAUUCCGUCAGGACGCGUUGAUCUGCGACCACGCUCACCUGGUGGACUGCCAACAAGGAACUCGAGUUAGCACCUUAUCAACGGAGAACAGCAAGCAAAACCUCCAUCUAGGUCCAACCGUAUCGCCAACCCCAAAGAGUCCUCCAGGAGACGGUCAACCUCGUCCAGAUCACCGAAUUUCACCAGGAGUCAGGAAACAGGAAUCUCCACCCACGACCCAAAGACCAGGACAAGGCGAAAGGAUCAGCUCGGACAAUCGCAGGAACUUCGACUCCACGACAUCAAGAUCAACGGUGAACGAGGGUCCUGCUUUUAGAAGUGCCAGGACAUUCGAUCCUACGUCUGGGAGGUUGAAUUUCGAGGACCGUCCUGGUGCAAAGGGGUCCAGGACAUUCGGUCCUGCGAGUGAGAAGGCGGUUAGAAGUGAUCAUCCUGGCUCAACUAAUCCAAGGACCUUUGAUUUCACCACCUCGAGGUCGGUCCUGAACGAACGUCCUGCGUUUGAUAGCCUUGGAAGGUUCGAGUCCUCGGAAAGGGGCCAGGAGACCCGGAAGAACCUGCGUAACAUUCAAAGUAGCCAGGUGGCUUCGCCAUCGGCGAAGUUGGCAUCCUUUGGUCGAGGGAAAUCCCAGGUCGAGGGGACAGGUGGAGGUCCUGGGAGUCCGUUUCCGGAUUUCCGGGAUCGGUUUAAGGGACUGGGGACUUUACAGCCGCCAUUUCCCCAGCCUAGAUCCUUUGGGUCUUCUGGAGGGAGGACGCUUGAUGGGUACCAGACCAAAUCACCAGGACACGACAGACACGGUGGAAAUGACAACACAUCUUUGAACGUGGAUUCCAGGACUUCCGGGUGGAGGGCGUUCGAUGGGUACCAGAUCAGAUCACCAGGAAACGACAAAAACGGUGAACAUAACGUGUCCUCGAACGCGGAAUCCAGGUCUACUGGGUGGAGGGCCUUCGAUGGGUACCAGACCAGGUCACCAGGACACGACGGACACGGUGGAAAUGACAAUACAUCUUUGAACGUGGAUUCCAGGACUACUGGGUGGAGGGCCUUCGAUGGGUACCAGAUCAGAUCACCAGGAAACGAGAAAAACGGUGCAAAUAACGCGUCCUCGGACGCGGAAUCCAGGACUACUGGGUGGAGGGCCUUCGAUGGCUACCAGACCAAGUCACAAGGAAACGAGAAAAACGGUGCAAAUAAUAAAGUACCCUCGAUUGUGAGCUCCAGUUUUGAGGGGUCCCGUGGCGAACGGAGGACUUUCGAGGAUUCCCAUGAUAGAGGCUCUUCUUCCAGGAAAGUCAAAUUUGAUAACACCAAGACUGCCUUUGAAAGGACUACUGUGAGCAGCAGACCCUUCAGCACUUUCUCGGAUUUCUCGAAGUCCUCUAUCAGGAGUCAAGCUGGAAACUAUCCUUACAGUGAGACUUUAAGGUCGAUACAGUUCCCUGGGUCUUCGACAACGGCAAAUGUGGUGACAACAAUGGCGCCGGUGAUCCCAAGAAGGCCCAGCAGGGUAAACGUAGGGACCACGGAGACACCAGUGGCUGCUUUUACAGCUUCUUUGAAACCAUUGGUUCCUAAUGAACUGGAGAUUGAUCCUUAUUAUCCUAAAAGCUCAUCCAGCACCGAGGCUUAUUAUACUCCUAGGGAAGGCUCUAAGGACUUGACUCCUAUCAGGUUUUCCACCGUGAAGCCAUUUUCUUCUUCCAAGCUCGACAUUCCCGCGGUACUUCCGGAUCUGAAUAGUUUAGAGGAUAUUGUAGAUCGUAGGAAGUUAUUUUACAUCCCGAAGGUCAAGUCUAGGUGA